ACCACUCAGGCAGCGUCACCAUAGCAACCCCAGGAGUAAACAAUGGUGCCAGAAAGGGCUUCCCCACAAAGCUGCCCCUCCUAGCUCUGAGACCCAGAAGAAUGGCCAGAAACCGGCAAAGAUCACUCAGAGGGCCCAGUCACCCAUCUCAUAUGGAAGAACCUUUCCUGCAGAUGGUCCAGGCCAGCGAGUCCCUCCCACCCUCCCAAACGUGGGUUCAGCGUGAGUUCUUCCUCCCCAGCGAGUCCUGGGAGUUCCCUGGCUUCACCCGGCAAGCCUACCACCAGCUGGCCCUGAAGCUGCCACCCUGCACAGAUAUGAAGUCCAAGGUGCGUCAGCGGCUCAUCCACCCUUGGAAGGGUGGCGCCCAGCACACCUGGGGCUUUCACACGUGGCUCGAUGUGUGCCGUCUGCCUGCCACCUUCCCCACCCGGCCUGACAGGCCCUACGAUAGCAAUGUCUGGCGCUGGCUGACCGACUCCAAUGCCCACCGACGCCCCCCCGCGGAGCACCCCAUCCCCCCUCCCUCCUGGAUCGGGCAAAACAGCUUCCUGACCUUCAUCCGCUGCUAUCCCACGUUUGUGGACAUGAAAAGGAAGAAGCAGGUGAUUUUCAGGACAGUGAAGGAGUUGAAGGAGGUGGAGAAGCUCAAGUUGAGGAGUGAGGCAAGAGCACCCCCACUCGAUGCCCAGGGCAACAUCCAGCCGCCAGCGAGUUUCAAGAAGUACCGGCACAUAUCCGCUGGUGGGAGGUUUGAACCCCAGGGCCUCCAGCUCAUGCCCAACCCGUUUCCCAAUAAUUUCUCCAGGAGCUGGCCCUGCCCGAACCCUCUGCCUCACUACCAGGAGAAGGUGCUAAAGCUGGCCUUGCUGCCCAGCGCGCCCCUGAGCCAGGACCUCAUAAGGGAUUUCCAAACCCUGAUAAAGGACAGAACUGCCUUAUCCCUCCACCAUCUCUCCAAGGCACAAGCAAGCAAAUCCCCAGUAAGGAAGAGGAAGAGAAGACCUGGACACUUCUAGAAGGGCUUCCAGAGGGGUGGGGACGAUGGUGGCACCCAGAGCCCCAGGCUCCAGUGUUCUCAAUCAACGCUCCUUCAGCAAGAGGCCCUGGGGUAACAAAAGGACUCUGGCUUCUGCAAAACAGCCUCUCCACCAUCCCCCCAGCCUCAAGCCACCUCUGUACCCCAGGCUACUGGAGAAUCAACUCAAGUUCUAAAUUGUUA